GCCCCGCGCCGUCCCCGCCGGCCGCCCCGCUGAUGCCGCUGCCCCGCUAGCAGCAUGUCUCGGCGCAAGCAGGCCAAGCCCCAGCACCUCAAGUCGGACGAGGAGCUGCCGCCCCCGGACGGGGCUCCCGAGCACGCCGUCCCGGGGGAAGGCGCCGAUGAAGGUGACAGUGGGAACGAGGGCAGAAGUGGAAGCGAAGAAACCAACGUUUGUGAGAAAUGCUGUGCGGAAUUCUUCAAGUGGACGGACUUCCUUGAGCACAAGAAGAGCUGCCCUAAGAACCCGCUGGUCUUGAUCGUGAGUGAAGAUGAGCCAGCACCACCCUCUGAAGAGUUUCCAGAACCUUCUCCGGCCAGCUCUCCCAGUGACCAGACGGAGAGUGAGGCUGCUGAGGAGGCGGCCCCCCAAGAGAACAGUGAGGGCGUUGACGUGAGGGCCCCAGAGAAGGAGGAAGAGCCCAUGGAAGCAGAACCCUCUGGAGACAAAAGCUUCCACAGCCCAGGUCCCUCGCACACGGGCAAGCCGCCGCUACCUCAGAUCCCCGAAGUGGCACCCGUGGCCGCGUACAGCAUGCCAAACACGAACGUGACGUUAGAGACCCUCCUGAGCACGAAGGUGGCCGUUGCACAGUUCUCCCAGAAUGCGAGGGCUGCAGGCAGCGUGGGAUCCAGCAGCGGGGUGGCCGCGGUGGCCAUCCCCAUGAUCCUGGAGCAGCUGAUGGCCCUGCAGCAGCAGCAGAUCCACCAACUGCAGCUGAUCGAGCAGAUCCGCAGCCAGGUGGCCAUGAUGAACCGCCAGCCCCUGAGGCCACCGCUGAACCCUGGGGCAGCCUCGGGGGCUCAGAAUGCCCCAGUGCCAGCCUCCAGCCAGCUCCAAGGGCUGGCUACCCAUUCAGCCCUGCAGCUCGCUGCCGGGGCCCCCUCUGUCCCCACGGCGCCAGGCCCUGCUGCCCAGCCAGUGGCUUAUGAGGGCCCCCAGCACCUGUCGCAGCCGGCAUCUGGAACAAGCACCCCACACAUGCCCGGCGGGGGCCCCUCCAUCCCUGAGUCCAGCGGGCCAGCAUCCUCCAGCACAGCCCCGGCCUCCACCGCCCCAGCCUCGGUGGCCGGUGCCUCCAGCAGCUCCUCUCAGCCGCAGAAUGCUUCCACGCCCCCUGCCCUGGGGCCUGGACCGCUGCUCAGCUCAGCCCCCAGCCUGCCAAACCCACUUCUACCUCAGACCACCGCCAGCAGCGUCAUCUUCCCCAACCCGCUGGUCAGCAUCGCGGCCACAGCCAACGCGCUGGACCCCCUGUCGGCCCUCAUGAAGCACCGCAAGGGCAAGCCCCCGAACGUGUCGGUGUUCGAGCCCAAGGCCAGUGCUGAGGACCCCUUCUUUAAGCACAAGUGCAGGUUCUGUGCCAAGGUAUUUGGGAGCGACAGCGCCCUGCAGAUCCACCUGCGCUCCCACACGGGCGAGAGGCCCUUCAAGUGCAACAUCUGUGGAAACCGCUUCUCCACAAAGGGCAACCUGAAGGUCCACUUCCAGAGGCACAAGGAGAAGUACCCCCACAUCCAGAUGAACCCCUACCCCGUCCCGGAGUACCUGGACAACGUGCCCACCUGCUCCGGAAUCCCCUACGGGAUGUCUCUGCCUCCAGAGAAACCGGUGACCACCUGGCUGGACAGCAAGCCCGUGCUGCCCACCGUGCCCACGUCGGUCGGGCUGCAGCUCCCGCCCACCAUCCCUGGCGUCAGCAACUACGCCGACUCCCCCAGCCUCACCCCUGCAAGCCGCUCCCCGCAACGGCCCUCCCCUGCGUCAAGCGAAUGCACCUCUUUGUCCCCCGGCCUCAACAGCUCGGAGCCGGGCGUCCCAGUGACUGCAGAGUCCCCACAGCCAGUGCUCGGUGGGUCUUCUCUGACCAAAAUCGAGCCCAUGAGCCUGCCUUGCGCAAAUGCCAGGGCAGGGGACGUCCCCGCCAGCGGGCAGGUGUCCACCGCAUCCACCUCGGCCACCACUGCCCUCACGGACAGCAGCAUCUCCACAGGCCUCUGCAGCCCGGUCCUUCCUGCCACCUCUGACCAGUUCAAGGCAAAGUUUCCCUUCGGAGGGCUGCUUGACUCUAUGCAGACAUCAGAGACCUCCAAGCUGCAGCAGCUGGUGGAGAACAUCGACAAGAAGAUGACCGACCCCAACCAGUGCGUCAUCUGCCACCGCGUGCUGAGCUGUCAGAGCGCCCUGAAGAUGCACUACAGGACGCACACGGGGGAGAGGCCCUUCAAGUGCAAGAUCUGUGGGCGCGCCUUCACCACCAAGGGGAACCUGAAGACGCACUUCGGGGUGCACCGCGCCAAGCCACCCCUGCGCGUGCAGCACUCCUGCCCCAUCUGCCAGAAGAAGUUCACCAAUGCCGUGGUCCUCCAACAGCACAUCCGCAUGCACAUGGGGGGGCAGAUCCCAAACACACCGCUGCCCGAAGGCUUCCAGGAUGCCAUGGACGCCGAGCUCCCUUACGAUGAGAAGGCCGCGGAAGCCCUGAGCGGCUACGACGAUGACAUGGACGAGAAUUCCAUGGAGGAGGAUGUUGAGCUGAAGGACGCAGCCGGCGACCCAUCCAAGCCUCUCCCAUCCUUCUCGGGCUCCUGUCCGCCCUCCCCGCCGUCUGUCAUUUCCAGCAUCGCAGCCCUGGAGAACCAGAUGAAAAUGAUCGACUCUGUCAUGAGCUGUCCACAGCUGACCACCUUGAAGUCCAUGGAAAACGGGUCUGGGGAGAGUGACCACCUGAGCAAUGACUCCUCGUCCGCCGUGGGCGACCUGGAGAGCCGGAGUGCGGGCAGUCCGGCCCUGUCCGAGUCGUCAUCCUCCAUGCAGGCCCUGUCGCCGGUGAACAGCAACAGCGAGAGCUUGCAGUCCAAGUCCCCGGGCCUCAGCAACCAGGAGGAGCCCCAGGAGAUCCCGCUAAAGACCGAAAGGCCAGACAGUCCGCCCCCCGCCCCCGAAAACGGAGGCGCCCUGGACCUGACGGCUGCCCACCCUGGCCGGCCGGCCGUCAAGGAGGAGGCCCCAUUUAGCCUGCUGUUCCUGAGCAGAGAACGGGGUAAGUGUGACAGUGCUGUGUGUCGUGUCUGUGCCAAGCCUUUUGCUUGCAGGAGCGCGUUGGAAAUCCACCACCGCAGCCACACUAAGGAGCGUCCGUUUGUCUGUGCGGUCUGCAGGCGCGGGUGCUCCACUAUGGGUAAUUUAAAGCAGCACUUGCUGACCCACAAGUUGAAAGAGCUGCCUUCUCAGUUACUUGACCCCAACUUUGCUCUAGGUCCCAGCCAGAGCACCCCUAGCCUGGUUGCCAGCUCCACGCCCGCCAUGAUCAAAAUGGAAGUGAACGGGCACAGCAAGGCUGUCGCGCUGGGCGAGGGCCCGCCGCUACCGGCUGCCGUCCAGGUGCCCGCCGGGCCGCAGACAGUGAUGAGCCCCGGGCUCGCCCCCAUGCUGGCCCCGCCGCCACGCCGGACGCCCAAGCAGCACAACUGCCAGUCCUGCGGGAAGACCUUCUCCUCGGCCAGCGCACUGCAGAUCCAUGAGCGCACCCACACAGGGGAGAAGCCAUUCGGCUGCACCAUCUGCGGGAGGGCAUUCACCACCAAGGGCAACCUCAAGGUGCACAUGGGCACGCACAUGUGGAAUAACGCCCCUGCGAGGCGCGGCCGCCGCCUGUCUGUGGAAAACCCCAUGGCUCUGCUAGGUGGUGAUGCCCUGAAGUUCUCGGAAAUGUUCCAGAAGGAUUUGGCAGCGCGAGCAAUGAAUGUUGACCCCAGUUUUUGGAACCAGUAUGCCGCAGCGAUCACAAACGGUCUUGCCAUGAAGAACAAUGAGAUUUCUGUCAUCCAGAAUGGAGGCAUCCCCCAGCUGCCAGUAAGUCUGGGCGGAAGCGCCCUCCCCUCCCUGGGUUCCCUGACCGCUGGGAUGGACAAGGCUCGCACCGGCAGUAGCCCGCCCAUUGUGGGUUUGGACAAAGCAAACUCCGACACGGGAACCAGCCGUCCGUUCACGAGGUUUAUUGAGGACAACAAGGAGAUUGGCAUUAACUAGCCGUGCGCGCAGCUCAGUCCACUGGCCCUGUCCCACGUGCACACUGAGAGGUGUCACCAUCAGCCUCGCCCUUCCUGCCGGUUCUCAAAGUUUUACCUAUAGAAAACAUGUGAGCUGUGUGGCUGCUGACAGGUGGUCUCUGCAUGGUACUUGCUUCCACGGUGAGCUUGACUGUUCUUGAGAACUCUGCAAUCUGUUAAACAAAUCAAAGAAAGAAGUCCUUGGAAAACCGCCUUGGGAAUGAAAAGGGCUCAGACCACAUCCACUUCCUUUCUCCUAAAACCUAAUAAUCCCUGAGAGGGAGAGAGGGGUCCCCCGUGGUAUAUCUAGUGAAACUCAUUCGAUCGUUUUGUUGGAAUUAGUUAGAAACUUGAACUGUUUUUAGAACUCUCAUCGUAAAGACGUGGUCCAGUACUCCUAACGCUGUCUUAUGGCGGUACUUUUGUCUGUAGUAUUUAUAAUGUUAAGAUUAUGCGGGUAACAGACAAUACAGCCCCAACUUUAAAGGAAGCUUUUGUACUGCAGAAUACAUCUGGCUAUGUGAUUUUUUUUUUUUUAAGCAAGAUUUGUUUUAUUAUAAAUAAGUGGGUUAUUUCAAUACAGGCAAAAUUGUGAAUUCUGUUGGGAAAGAUGGCAUGCUAUUGUGUGCAAGUACCUAUCAGUAACAAGCCUUUUUUCUUUUUAAUUUAAGUGUGUGUAGCUGCUAUGUGGACAGUUGCUCUCUAGUGUGGUCUGUAGCCCAGUGAUUGGGAACAAGUUACAGACAAACGUCACCGUAAAUUAUUCACAACAUUAUAAACAGUUGUGAGUAAAUAUUUCACGUUAUCGAAGCUGUACAAUAAAAAGGUAAUGUUUGUAUAAUGUGGUUGCAAACUCUUAAUUUAUACUAUUGCACUUUUAGUAUUUUGUAUUAGGGAGGUUUGUCUAUAAUUUGAAAAUUUAAAAAGAUGUAAAGUAUUUUAUAAAUAGUACUUUGAUUUAAGGAAAAUGAAAAAAAAGUUAUAGUUUCUUGUUUUGUCUUAAGGUCAAACAAUAUGAGAAAUCUAUGCUACUUAAACAGAAAAGCCACCAAGACUUGUGAGUUCCUCAAUAAACUAGGGCCUGCCAUUUCUUAAAUUAAAAUGACUUAUUUAACUUUUCUACAAAGCCCAUUUGAAAACUUGACCACCCCUGACGAAACUUGGAUGCAUUAACCUUAGGACUGUGACACCAUACAAGCCAGGAACUAACUAAGAGUCGUUGUGUAGGUGUAAUAUUACUGUGAUCUCUGCUGUCUCUUUCUCCCGCGCCCACGAACAGGAUUCUGACUGCCUGUCAAUAAACAAUAAACUGGAGAGAAAUGUCGGGUGUCUGGCAGUAUAAUCAGUCAUACGUGGGAAAUUUUCUGAGUUCCUGAUUUAUUUAUUAUCUUCUCAGAUGAAAACAAAGCACAAUGUCAUCUGACUAUUCAAAAUUCAGUCUUAAGCUGGUGAGUUUGUUUCGAGUAAGGAAAGGGACCCGUGGCCAGGGUGCCGGGGCGGGGCCGAGUUGCAGCCUGCACAGGCACAGUCGUGUGCUCUACCUCAUUUUGUGCGUCGCCAGCGUGCUGGAGUCUGUGAACUUCCUCCCACGACACUGCUGCGGAGAUGUCGUGGGGAGUAGGGUGACUGUGCGAGAGGAGUGUGUGCCCCGGAAGAAGGAGUCAGACAGUGAAGUCAUCUCAGUGGAAACGGAGAAACAGGACAAUCUUUCCAACACAACAGCAACAACAAAGUCACAUCGAGGCAGUGAGCAAAAAGCGUUUUGAAGACUCAUGAAUAAGCAGACUUAGCUGUUUAUUUCUACCAGAAAUGAACCUUGAAGUCUACAGCGCUGUUUCCCACGGUGACGAGAGGGAAGCUUCCUGUGUUGUACCUCUCCUCUCGUGGGACAGGUGAGGGGUGUCACCAUAUGGGGAAAAGAAAACUGAGGUGGCCUACUGUUGCUGUUUCAGCAGUUGAAUGUUUUUAUUAUUUAUCUGUGUCCUUUUUGGUGUGAAAUCUUUUUUUUUUUUGGUUAGUAUUUGGUACCCUGUAGUGUCCUCUCUUCUCCCAAAAGGAUGUGUAUAUAAUUUACGAAAAGAGAAAUGUAAAGUGUUGUAAAUAAGAUGGCUCGUGAAGGGACAGUGAGACUGGCCCCGUCUGUUCAGGGCUGGGCCUCCCCCCGCAUGGUGAAGAGAGACGCUAUUUUUCUAUUGCAAUACCAUGUGGGGCCAGGGGCCUCCCUGAAGCAGCUGGGAAUCGUUACCUAGAUCCAAUAUUUUUUAUGAUAAAAUCUGUGGCUCGACACAUCUGCUGAUCGAAAUGGAUGUCUUAGUCUAGGUUACUAUUUUUGUCAUAUGGAAUUGAAUAAAAUGCGGGAUGUAAUAUUA